AUGUCUGACCUAGGAAUUGUUAAAGAAAUGUCCCAUGAGGGCGAAAGUCCUGAACCUUUUGAUAGAGAUGACCAUCUUGGAACAGCGACUCUGAAAUUGGAUAAGCUGGGCCUAAGAGAUGCAACCCACGACGAUGAAGAUGACCAUACCCAAGGUGAGCCUACCAACUUUUCGUUUCACGAAAACAAGUCACUAUUUGACCAAGAUAGCAAAAGAGCGGCACUGCAACAUUUAAUGCAGCAAUCAGCAUCAAGUCCUGUGAAUGCCUCGCCAACAGCAGGAAGAAGGCUUUCUGUAUCGGCCCAAAGCUCGAUCCCUGAGCCUCCAUCACUGAAGUUCGAACAGGACCGUGCCCGUCAUGUUUCUGCAAGCUACAAGAUGGGAAUGGUUUUCGACGAGGACCAACAGCUUUCAGAUGUGCCAUCUGCUGAGCUCGUGGACCUCUAUUCUAAGGUACAAGACUGUCGUAAACUCAGAACCAAGUAUCAAACACUCUCAAUGCAGCAAAACGCACAGCAAAACCCAAAAAAUCAAACCGGCUGGAAAAUUUAUCCUCCGCCUCCCAAGCCUACCUACAACGCCGAGACCAAGACCGUGAAGCAAGUGGACAAUCGACCAGACGUUGAGGUCUUCGAUUUUGCAAAGAUUAACGUUCCUGGCGAAGAUCAAGACUGGGACUUCAGUAUUAAUGACGAUGACGUUUUCGUUGUGUCAUCAGUACAAGAUGCAGCAACUUCUUUGUCCGAGGUCCCUUCAUUACGCCAGUAUUACAAAGAUUUGGACUCCCUAGUGACAAUAUCCUCUGAUGGACCCGCCAAGUCUUUUGCUUUCAGAAGGCUGCAGUACCUCGAAGCUCGAUGGAAUUUGUAUUCCUUGCUGAAUGAAUACCAAGAAACCUCUGUCUCCAAAAAAAAUCCACAUAGAGAUUUCUACAACGUGCGUAAGGUCGACACUCACGUUCACCAUUCAGCAUGUAUGAACCAAAAACAUUUGCUUCGCUUUAUCAAGUACAAGCUGAGACAUUCAGGCGAUGAAAAAGUUAUCCAUAGAGACGGUAAGGUAUUGACUUUGGAUCAAGUGUUCGAGUCCUUAGAUCUAUCUGGAUAUGAUCUAUCGAUCGAUACACUCGACAUGCAUGCCCACAAGGACACCUUUCAUAGAUUCGACAAGUUCAAUCUGAAGUACAAUCCAAUAGGGGAAUCUCGUUUGAGAGAAAUCUUUUUGAAAACCGAUAACUAUAUCAAAGGAACUUACCUUGCUGAUAUUACCAAGCAGGUCAUCUCUGAUCUGGAAAACUCAAAAUACCAGAUGUGCGAAUACCGGAUUUCGAUUUAUGGCCGCUCCAUUGAAGAAUGGGACAAUUUGGCUGCUUGGGUCAUUGAUAACAAAGUUAUUUCCCAUAAUGUGAGAUGGUUAGUACAAGUCCCUAGACUAUACGAUAUUUACAAGAAGACUGGUCUAGUGGCAAACUUCCAUGACAUUACCAAAAAUCUUUUUCAACCGUUGUUUGAGGUCACCAAAAACCCACAAAGCCAUCCUAAACUGCACGCGUUUCUCCAAAGGGUCAUUGGAUUCGAUUCAGUUGAUGAUGAAUCAAAAGUUGAUCGUCGCUUCCAUCAAAAAUAUCCUAAACCUUCUUUGUGGGAUGCUCCUCAAAAUCCACCAUACUCUUACUACCUGUACUACCUAUAUUCGAGCAUGGCAUCUUUGAAUCAAUGGAGAGCUAAACGUGGAUUUAAUACCUUUGUUCUGAGACCUCACUGUGGUGAAGCUGGCGAUCCCGAGCACUUAAUCUCCGCCUAUCUAUUGGCCCAAGGUAUCUCCCACGGUAUUUUGCUGCGUAAAGUACCUUUUGUCCAGUACUUGUAUUACUUGGAUCAAGUCGGGGUUGCGAUGUCGCCAUUAUCUAACAAUGCGUUGUUCCUGACCUAUGAUAAAAACCCACUUCCCUACUAUUUUAAGAGAGGGCUAAAUGUGUCUUUGUCCACAGAUGAUCCACUUCAAUUUUCUUACACCAGAGAGCCUUUGAUUGAGGAAUACUCAGUUGCCGCUCAAAUUUACAAAUUGUCAAAUGUUGACAUGUGUGAGUUGGCUAGAAACUCAGUUUUACAAAGCGGGUGGGAGUCCCAAAUCAAGCGCCAUUGGAUCGGGAAAGACUUUGAGAAGGGUGGCAUCCAUGGGAACGAUGUAGAAAAGACCAAUGUCCCGGACAUUAGAAUUAAUUAUCGCCACGAGACGCUCUGUACCGAACUUGAGCUUGUUGAACACUAUGCACAGUUCAAGACACAAUGA